CGACAUCGUCCCCUUAGCUGCGCGGACCACCAACCUCGCCCGCAAGCGAAUCUAUCACACAUCAAUCACCGUCCAAGCCAAACCAUCAGUCGCAAACAAUGGAAAAGCUCACCGUCGUCGAGGCUGCCCCAAUGCCGGCUAGCCAUAUCAAACCCACCAGCUUCUUCACCGCGCGUUCCCGAGCCUGCUGCAGAUGCAACGAGGAAGGCUCCUCUCACGACCAGCAGUGCAUCAAGGCCGAAUGCACACAUGGCUACUGCACCGAUUGCCCCCAGCUGGACUCGCGCGGCAGGGAGGUGAUUCCUCACUCGUUCCCUUGCAACUGGGUCUGCAACACGUGCUCCGAGGUCCACAGCGUUCUCUCCAUCCUCGUCAAGAACGUCGAAUGCAAGUGCGAAAAGCCGACACUACAGGCUAUUUACGACCAGUUUGGCCGCAUCUUCCUCUACUUCCGCAACGACCCCGCUGUAGACGACUUGACCAAUCCGGCUAAAGUACAGGAGGCGGCCUGGAGGGUCUGGGAGGCGGGUGCCGAGCCGUGGUUGCCGCAUGUCAUUGCUGCUGAGGAGGCGAUUGCGAGGGCGAGUUCCAAGAAGGGUUGGAGUCAGUUAUCUCAAGCUAGUUUCUCGAGUGAGGACCCCCUCGACAUGGACAUGUCCGAGACGACGGAGUCGGUCGUUAGCGACUCGUAUUAAGUACGGGAGCAAUCAGCUUCAACUGCUUUCGGCUGGAUCGUCAACUGGUUUCCACAGUGCCACCUUCUUUUGAUAGCGACGUCAUUGCUCGACGUUUUGGUCAUUAUCUCGGCACCACGAUCUCCGACCUCACAUUUCUAUCAGCACUAUCACGACUUCCGCUUUCAGUAUUAUCUGAGCUGCCUUCCGAUGUCCCAAUUGAGGACGAUCAUCAUCAUCAUUUCGUCUAAAACUUCCGGGGAGGAGCGUUGCAUGGAAAAGCGGGGUUUAGGCGUUGGAACUCUUUUCUUUUUUACAGGAUCAUUUGCUUUUCAUCUACAUAAGCAGCGAGUGGCGUUAGGAUUAGCAGGAUGGACGUUUUUUACACACUAGGGCCAGUCUUUUGACCUUUGCGUUUGGUAUCCAUAUCGUAACACUGAUACCCUAGUUUCAGUACGUUAGGGGACAAUGAAAUUGAACUACAUUUCCAC